AUGAGUACUGAGACAGCAAGCACAAGUUCCGAGCGAUUCUCUGCUCCAAAGCGAGGUUUAAAAAUUAGAAAACGCUGGGAAGAUAAUUCAUACUGGGAAAGAGUAAAGAAAGGACCUGUAUCCACGGCGCUAUAUUUAUCUCUGUUAUAUCCCAAAGUCCUUUUCAAUCACAAAGUACGUAAAACCCCGCUUAAUUCUGGCUGGACAUCAUACCAAGAGGCGGCAAUUCGUACAUUUAAAUGGUCGUCGGAUUCACCAUUAGCUGUCUCCAGGCGCGCUGCCAACUUUAUAGAAGCGAUUGGAAAGUCUAGAUGCUCUGAGCCAUUGACUGCGGUGACUGAUGUGCCUGGCGUGCAAGGUCACUGGAUAGGCCCAGAGACUUGGAAUGGUCGAGAGGCCGAGGCCAUUAUUUUCUACCUUCACGACUACCCACUGGCACCGGAAAAUCCCUAUCCACAUGCUAUCACUUGCGCAGAGAACGCAUAUCGAUGGCUGGUAACUGAAAGUGGUGUGGCUGGUGGGGACUCUGCCGGAGGCGGUCUUUCAUUGAGUCUACUUCAAAGCCUAUACAAAGACCACGGUGGUCGCCGGAAAAACUCAAUUGACGCCCAAAAGAUGCCAAUGCCUCUCGGUGCCAUACUAAUAUCUCCAUGGGUUGAACUAAAAUGUGAUGCCUUAUCAUAUACCACAAAUGCAAAAUAUGACCUUUUACCAGUACAUUUCUGCCCGUUCGCCGCCGAAUAUUACAUCUAUGGACACAAACGAUCUCAACUUUUUCAAUCAAAAUUGAAAAAUAAAGACGAUGAUAAGAAAGUCGAUGCUAACAGAGAAGAAUCAUUUAAUUCCAGCCGAAAAAAUACUAAAAAUAAAUAUGCCAAUCCAUACAAAAAUCCAAUGAUAGCUUCGAAAUAUGCACCUCUUGAGCUAUUAGCAAAGUUUCCGCCACUGCUAAUCAGCUAUGGAGGAAAAGAAAUAUUUAAAGACGAUAUUGAAGAAUUCGUGCAGAAGUGUGUGGAAGCAAAAAAAUUGAAACGAGGAAAAAGUUCCGAGCCUUUAUUAAAAUCUGGCGAAAAAAAGAACGACUAUUUGCAAUUUGAACCACCCUCUAGCGAGACCUUCCAUCCUGAAGUACAGAUUGAAUAUAACCCUGAAAUGGUUCAUAUCUACCCGUUCUUGUUAGAUUUUCUCGGAGAGCACAGCCGCGAAGCACUCAAACGUUUCGCCGGAUUCAUAACAGCAAGGCUUGACUAUUCCAAACAUAGACCAUUGAUUCCUUUAAAUUUGCCAUUGGUAUCUGUUGAAACACCAUAUUUAAUGGAAUAA